UGGAGAGAGCUUUUCAGUUUUUUCCAGGUGCUGUGAGUUUUAUUAAGUGAGUCUAACAAGACUAGGAGGCCCUUUGUUUGCUGGGAACCAAGGCCCCCAUCAGUGUGCACAGAGCCGCUUUUCUCUAGAAGAAAGUGAUCUAGCCAGAGGGAGGGCAGAUAAGCAGGGUGACCACCUCCAACGCCACUGCACUCCAAAUGAAAGUCAUUAAAACAUGCAGAAGGCCUGGCCAGGCUCUUGCCCCUGGGCAUCCCAGCCGUCUCGUGUCUCGUGAAACUGGCUGUGUCCAGAGCCUACACCUGGGUCACCCUCCAGAGUUGGCUCUGAAAGCUUCCAGAUGGCCCGAGGUAAGUUCUAAAUGUGGGGUAAAAGUGACGUAUAAAUGGUGGUUGGCUCCAGCAGCCCCCAUUUGCAGUUCAAUUCUCAGAAAAGUAGAGGUAGGGAAGGCAGGGAGGUGCAGUAAACAAGCUGGAAUUCGCAGCUUCAGCGUCUUUUUCUGUAAACGGAGCAGCCAGCGCGCGGCCGACACCCCACUCCCCGUUCCCCCCAAAUCUGUUUCAUAGGGCGGACAUCUUUAUGGGUUUCAAUCCAAUGAGAGGAAGGCUGGGUGCCCCCUAAGGAUGAUUAGAAAGAAGGAUGACUCACCUUCCCCAGGUGCACAGACUCUCCUCUCUGCCUUCACCUAUCCUGGCCACCUGCAAAUCCGCCUCUCCUAACAGGGGACGUGAGGGAGGGGCUGCCUGGCCCAGGAAGCUCCCGCGAGGGAGGCGCCAGGGCCCCCAGGCCUCGCCUCCUCCCGCCCGCUGCUGCUGGUCCCCAUCACAGCUUCGAAGCACUGCACCCUCCCGCCUGUUCCCGCACAACCGUUUCCCCACCCAGACCUCCAGGCCCAGACGCCGCAGUGUCUACACCCGCAAAAACGUCCGUUUUGACCUAGAGCCCUCCGCAGAUCCCUGCCCUGGCUGGGGCAGCCAAGGCGCAGAGGACUGCCCCGAGGCCAGAUGUUCGCUGCGCAGAUGCCCGACUGCACACCAGGAGGCCCGGGCUGUGCGGGGCGCUGAGGGAAGCGCCCCAAAUUCACUCAGUUCACCUGCCUUCCAGGUGGGGUCCCGGAAGAGUGGGGGAGGGGCAGGCUGGCGGGAGUGGGGCCUCUGUGCUCCGCAGCGUGAGCGCACAAAGGCCUGGUGGAAGGCAGGGAGCCUGGGACACCGGGCAGAGGACAGGUGGGCACCGGGUAGAUCCAGGCCUGCCCAGGUGAGCCCCGGGUUGGGAUUGGAAGGGGCGGCUAGGAGGGGUCCUGCUGGUACUUUCUACCCCCUCCUAGCCCCCUGUCUCAGGACUCCACCUCUCUCCCCACCCUCCUCCCUGCCCACCUCCUCCAGGCAGGCCUCAGGGUGGGAUUAUACCAGCUGAUGCUUUUGGGCAACUAUCCUGCCCUUGAGAGUUUAGAGGUCAUCUGCUCACACCCCAUUUCACUCUGGAACCCUGAAACAAGUUAUCUAAGCUCUCCGUGCCUUAUUUUUCUCAUUUGUAAAAUGAUAAUUCCAGUAGGAACUCAUUCUUAGGGAAGCUGUGGGGAUGAAAGGAGAAUGGGGUUCUGCUUCAGCAGCAUGGGCAUCGCCAGGGUUCCAUGUCUGUUGCCUUUUUAAAUCGGGGAAUGGGUAUAAUAUAGCAUUUAUAUCAUGGGGUAUGUAAAGCUUUCAGAAGAGCAAGCAGGUGGUCAGUAUGGGUGGGACAUGGUCUCACAGCCAGGUCUGUCUGACUCCAGGCCCAGUGCUUCCUCCCAGGAGCCAGGAACGUGAUGCCAGGGGUUAGACUGGCCUAGACGUGGCACAGUCCUCACUGCUGUCAGCCUGGCGGGGGCUGAACUGCCUUAGCGAUCCCCAUCAUUGCUGACUAAGCCAUGACUGUGGCUUUCUCCUCCACCUUGAAUCCCCUUCCUCCAGCCUCAAGGGCAUUACUUUAAAGAGACGAACUGGAUCAGCAGGGCAGGACUUGGCAAGGCCUCAGUCCACUUGGGGGAAUGACCAGUGAUGCCCAAAGAGGGAAGUUAUCUUAUUCCAGAAGCAGCAUCCACAUAAAGUGAUGCUUCAGCGGAGCACCCUGAAGUAAAGGGUGGCCUCUGCUUACCUCCCUUGGACUCCAUGUCUGCCUUUUGGGACUUCCUGAUCCCUUCAAGCCAGAACUUCUUCUCCCUUGUUAUGUGUAUUAGAUGGUGGGGUUGGGGGUAGGGGUUGGGAGAGGCUCCUGUGCAUUGUAGGAUGUUCAGUAGCUUCCAUUCCGCACUUCUGCCAGCCAAACAUCCCUCUGGACAUUGCCAGAUGUUCCAGGGGUGAUGGGGCUGGCAAAACAUCACCACUGCAACCUGAUUUCACUUGCAUCAAGAAGGGGGUCCGGGGAUGUGCAGGCCUCAUCUCUUUCUUCCACUGAGGCUCAUGAGCCUCACAGGGCCAUAGUAUGAGUACAGUUCACAAUUGUUGGAUGGCUGGAGGUUGGAUGGAGGGGAGGCUGCUUCCAGGGAGAGGAGAUGCUGGUGGGUGUGAUCUGUACACUGUUAUCCAAGUUAACAUAAAAGGUGAUGGACCCUUGGUGAUAGGUCAUUGAUUUGUGACUGAAGUCAGCUAUGUCUGCUGGCUUUGGGUAAGAUGGUAGGGCUGCCUCUCAGGUCCAACCCCUGGCAAGGUCAUUCUCCCACUCCCAAGGGCUUGUGCACACUCAACAGUAAUUCCUUAAGGCAGUGACUUUUGAUGAGGCCAUUUCAUUCCCCCUUUCCUCCAUGAACAGAGAGAAAUCAUGGAGCCUUCCAAGACCUUCAUGAGAAACCUGCCAAUCAUACCAGGCUAUAGCGGCUUCGUGCCGUUCCUCAGCUGCCAAGGAACGUCCGGGGAGGAUGACAUGAACUACUGUGUGAAAACCUUCCAGGAGAAAACACAGAGCUAUAAAGACCAGCUGCGGGAAUUCUGCUGUGCAGUGGCCACUGCCCCGAAGCUGAAGCCCGUCAACUCCGAGGAGACUGUCCUGCGGGCCCUGCACCAGUACUAUCUGCAGUACCACCCCCUGCUCCUGGAAUGCAAAUAUGUAAAGAAACCUCUCCAGGAGCCCCCGAUCCCUGGCUGGGCAGGCUACCUGCCGAGAGCCAGGGUCACUGAAUUAGGCUGUGGAACGAGAUACGCUGUCAUGGGCAAAAACUGCUACAAGGACUUUCUGGACAUCAUGGAGAGGGCCAAGAAAGCACAUCUGAAACCAUAUGAAGAAAUAUAUGGAGUUAGCACCAGAAAACCUUCUGCUCCUUCUCCAAAAGUUUUGCAACAUGAAGAGCUGCUGCCAAAAUAUCCCGAUUUUUCUAUCCCAGGUGAAAGCUGCCCUGCUCUUGGAAUGCCCCUCAGAGAGGACCCCAGAACUCCCUUGACAUAUGGCUAUGCUCAGAGACCAAAUGUACCAUGCAGUGGGAAGAUUUAUCUAGAGCCACUGUCUUCAGCAAAGUAUGCAGGAUGGUAGAAGCGUAGAGUCUCCCAAGAAGAGGUGAACUUUAAGUGGGGGGUCCUAAAACCUGCCAUUCUCAUGUUGGAAUCAUGUCCAAUGAGCAAUAAAGAAAUGUAAUAACAAGAAUUUUUAAAUUGCCACCUGCAUCCUGAGUGGUUGGCAGUUGCAUUUCACUAAUGAUGAAGACCUUGUAUCGACAUGUGGGAAUAAAGAGGGUGCUUCUCCACAGGCUAAAGGUUCUUGUGCGGGUUUUCUCCAGGUUAUGUUGACCAUGAGCUAGGGUUCCUAACCCCCAAGGUAACACUGUGCAGCCAGGCCAGGAUCUUCACUGAAGACAUAGCCCAACCCCCUAACCAAACAGUCCCUGGUUCCUGGUGUGGCAUGUUCCUGACAGUGGCGCAGACACCACACCCACACCAGCCCUGGUUUUCCAAAAUCCCAGUCCCCAGGGGGGUCCAGCUGGCAGAUACCAGCUAUAUCAGUGUGAUGGGGCUGCCUCAACCAAAUUCCACAAACUGAGUGGCUUCUGACAACAGACAUUUAUUGUCUCACAGUUCUGGAGCCUGGAAGUCCAAAAUUGGGGUGUUAGCAGGGUCCUGCUUCCUCUGAAACCCAUGGGAAAUCCUUCCUCACCUAUUCUUAGCUUGCGGUGUUUUGCAGCCAUUUCUUGGUACUAACUCCAGGCCGCCUGUGUGCCUCUCUGCCUUCACACAGCCAUCUUCUUACAUUUUAUUGUUAUAUAUUGUAUGUAUUCUUAUUAUAUUCUUAAUAAAAUGUCCAUAAAUUUCAAGGACAUGAGUCACACUGGAUUAGGAGCAUGACUUACUCCACUGUGACCUCACUGUAACUCAUUACACCUGCAAUGACUCUAGUUCCAAGUAAGUCACAUAAAGUAUGGGAGACUAAGGCUUUCACGUUUUUUUUUUUUUUUUUUUUUGAGGGACACAGUUGAAGCCAUAACACUGGAUGACAUCCUCCUGCCACCAUCAGGCACCCUGACCUCCCUCAGCAACCAUCUGCCUGCAGAAGAAAUAAAAAAAACAGCUCCUGGGACAAUGAGACCAUUGUCAUCUGCUCAGAAAUGUGCAGAGCCACACAAUGCAGCAAGCUGGGCCUGGGAGUCUUUUUUCCAAGGCAAGAAUUUUCACCUGGGCAUCCUGAGCUCCCAUGGUUCCAUGGGUAGAAGUCAGGAGGUCAUAGAACUCUGAUGAGAAAAAAGUUACAUCAUUGUUUUCACCAACCUCCAGGCAAAAUUUAGUAUUUCCUUCCUUGAUGAAUGUAAGCCAGAAACCACAAACCAUUGCAGGACCUGUCACCUUAGCCCGAGGGCAACCACAGAUCUUUUUCUAUCAUGUGACUCUGUCUGCAAGCAGCUUGAAUGAUGUUAAAGCUCAUCGCUUUAUAAUCAUGGUGGUUCUUACAGGGAGUAGAUCUACUCUUUCACAUAUUAUUAUUCAAUAUAAGAAUAAAGAAAUGGCUGUUUCAUAAA